ACGAAAUUUAAGAUGUCAAUUGAUUACUGCUUAUACUAUAUAUAUAAAACUGACACGCGAAAAAAAUACUUGUAAACUUAAUCAUCAACUGUCAAUAUCAAUAAUAUUGAACUUUGCUCUUUCCAGAUGUGGCAAAGUCUAACAGCUUAACACUUCAUCGUUGAUUUGCUAGAGCCUAAUUACCAAGCUCUCUGUCAGCAUCAUUUGGUUAACUGACAUCUGUAAAAAAUGGCGUGGCUAGGAAGUAUUGCUUGUACUGUGCUCAAAAAUAUUGUCUUCUCUGAGGUACCUGCAGACCAAGUGCUCGAAAUUAAGACAACCGAAUACCACAAGAGAAAUAUACACUGUCGCGAAGAUGGCAUUAUUUUAUACUCACCAGGCAGUAGAGAGAAGGAAAAAUUUGAAAUUGUAUUGCACAAGCCAUACUCGGAAAAAUUACACUACACCGGAUAUAGCCUAUAUCGCUCCAACAUUCUUGAAAAAGUGGAACUCAGAUUUACAAUUUUAAAAGAUAAAGUUCCCUUGCUUGUGGAAUUGUCUAAAGAGAUGUCUAAUGUAAAUAAAAUACAAAGCUUAUGUGAUACACUAGUCGAACAUCCAACUUGGAAUUUAGCUCACAUUGCUGCUCAUUUAUUGCUCUAUGAUGCUUUUGAUUCGGAUAUAGUCAACAGUUGUUUAAACAGUGGUGAUUCGGAAACUGGAGCAUCCCCUUUGCAAAUUGCUAUCAAAUCAAACAAUUUACAAAUUGUACAAAUGUUAAUCGCGGCAAAUAGUUCCAGGGAACAUUUAGAUUUCAAAGCCAAUACAGUUUAUCAUUAUGCUGCUAGUUCAACCAAAGACAUCAUCAUGGCACUAGGAGCUGAUCUUCCAAAUACUUUGAACAGUAGAAACAGCGAUGGUUACACACCAAUGCAUCUUGCUUGCCUUAGUGACAAGCCAGACUGCGUGAAAGCUCUUUUACUCAUUGGUGCCGAUUGCAAUCUUUCUGCAUCAGAAGGAACUGCAUCAACUCCUGGCUAUGUAGGUGAUUUCAUUCACAAUCAACCAUAUAGCUUGAAACAUGAUGAUAUGAAAUUUGGAGGUACUCCAUUGCAUUGGUGUUGCAGCAAAGAAGUCAUAAACACAUUAUUGAGUAAGAACUGCGAUAUCAAUGCAUUGAACUUUGAUGGCAGAACAGCACUUCACAUGAUGGUUAUCAGAAAGAGACUUGAUUGCGUAGCAGCUCUGUUGAGCCACAUGGCAGACAUAAAUAUAGUCGACAAAGGAGGAAACUCCCCGUUACAUUUAGCAGUAAAAGAGUCAACUCCAGCAAUAGUUCAGUUACUCAUAGCAUUCGGUGCAGAAAUAAACGCUCGAAACUGGCAAAACGAAAGCCCGCGGCAUCUCGUGAACAAGGACAGCGCCGACGGUCAGAAAAUCUUGUAUAUUUUACACGCAGUUGGUGCAGAACGAUGUACACGAGACGUCAUUGGAUGCGACGUUGGCUGCAAGUACGACGAAAAUUUUAACGGGAUCGCACCACCCGAGGCCCCCUCUGCUGUGCCACGUACCGCUGUUGAUGACAUGCUCCACGCCUCGACCAUAGCAAACAUGGCUUUGACAGAUCGUAAGCGCUUCAAAGGUGGUAGGCUUUUGUGCAUGGAUGGCGGUGGUAUCAGGGGCUUGGUGCUCGUUCAGACGUUGUUGGAAAUCGAAGCCGUACUGAACAAGCCCAUUACGAAUUGUUUCGAUUGGAUAGCUGGAACGUCCACUGGGGGCAUUUUGGCACUCGGGCUGGCAGCCGGCAGAAGUCUAAAAGAGUGCCAAGCUCUGUAUUUUCGAAUCAAAGAUAACGCCUUUGUGGGUAAGAGGCCCUAUAGCAGUGAACCCUUGGAAAACGCGCUGAAGGAGUGUCUGGGCAGUGAGACUGUUAUGUCGGAUAUUCGGCAUCCGAAGCUCAUGAUCAUGGGUGUGCUUGCGGAUCGCAAGCCCGUCGAUCUGCACAUUUUUCGAAACUACCACUCGCCAAGUAAUAUUCUAAACGUCGCGACGGGCGACCAAUUCAAGGAUACCUUGCCACCCGAAGAACAGCUGCUGUGGAAGGCAGCCCGGGCUACAGGAGCAGCGCCCUCGUAUUUUCGCGCUUUCGGACGGUUCCUGGACGGUGGACUCAUCGCCAAUAACCCCACUCUGGACGCCAUGACCGAGAUACACGAGUAUAAUCUUGCUCUGGAGGCUAGCAAUAGGUCAAGCGAGAAGACACCUCUGUCAUUGGUGGUGUCACUGGGUACCGGUGCGAUUCCCCUUUCGCCGCUUCAAAAUGUUGAUGUGUACUGGCCCGAGGGUUUGUUGGAUACGGCGAAAUUAGCAUCGCGUCUUAAAACAUUCGCAACUCUACUCGUGGACCAGGCGACGGCAGCGGACGGUCGCGUUGUGGAUAGAGCGAGGGCCUGGUGCUCUAUGAUUGACGUGCCAUACUACAGAUUCAAUCCUCAAAUGUCGAGAGAAAUUAACAUGGAUGAAGAUAAUGAUGCCAUACUGGCUGAAAUGCUCUGGGAGACCAAGGCCUUCAUGCACACCAAUCGCCACCAAAUCAAGCAUCUCGCGGAUGUUCUGGACUUCAUUUGUAACUGUUAGUUGUCCAUUAAUUACAGACUCUGUAGGUAUAUUUCUUAAUAGGAGAAUCUAGUGAGUCUUUUUAACCCAGAAAAGAAAUUUUUAAGUGGCACCUUUAAAAAAAUUCGAACUUUAACUUAUCCAAUUAACUGAUUCAUAAAUAUAUGUAUGCACACAUUUAUUUUUUUUACAACGGAUUUAUACGUACGUCCAACGAUUAAUUUUAGCAGUUGUAUAGGAAUAAGAAUUUAAAAAGAGAACAAAAAAAAACAUAACAAAUACAGAAAAUACUUGAAGUGUUACGAAAUAAAUAUACAAAUAAUAGUUUGUUGGUUAAAAAUAUAGCAAAUCGACGUGAUACUGAGAUUAAAUUUUCACGAGUUAUGCAAGGAUUUGCAUCAAAACGAUCCAAGGCCGAAAAAGUACAGAAAAUCUCUUCUCCUUGUCUGCUUUACUUACAGCCGUGGGUUGUAUACGAUUUUUCAUGUCCCAGCAGCUGUAACGUAACGGUAAUGUUCACUUUGCAAGCUGGUGGCAUGAAACAUUAUUUUCAUACCCAAAUGGGAUUAAUAGUUAAUUAUUUAAACAAUCGAUUCAAAUGUGUAUAUAUACUUUAUAGUAGAAAUAAUAUAUUUGUCUAUUUCGUAC